AUGACCUCCCAUUUGGGACAGUCAGAGGGUUUACUGCUGGAAGGUGAUGAUAUUGAGGAAAAUGUGUUGAGAAUUGAAGAUGCUGCAGAUCAGUUAACCAGAAUACAGCAUGAAGGUGACAAUCUGGAGAGACAAGUCUCUACCUCAAACCACUUAUCUGCAGAGAAUGUGGUUGAGUUUUCACAAGUGAAAAAAUUCGAGGAUUUUAAGGUUGUUGUCAACAACAUAAACAUAGAUUCUGAGAUCUCCGAAGAUACCAGGCUCAAGUACUAUGAGAUGUGCCGCAGUCGCAACGCGUAUCUUCAUGAGCUUGAAGAGCCUGGGUUGAACUACACGCUAAUCGCCGGGGCAAUAAAAGAAACUGUGAAAAUCGCCGAUGGCAUCAAAGCUGCCACGCUCGCAACGGGCCGUGAUGUUCUGGAAGUAUGGGACAGAACUCUGAUAGGGGUGGGGCAUUUCGGCAUGGAAGUGGGGUUCUUGCGCGGCAGGUUAAGCGAGCUGAUUAGGCUGUGCGAGGCGGCCGAACUUGUCGCCGGAAAAGAGAAAGAAAAAGCCAUAGCUGAAGUGGAGAUGAAACAUCUCCUGUACAAGCUGUCAAAGGUGAGUUUGGUGAUUAAGAAUUUGGAUGAGGAGAUCAAGACACACAACGGCGGGGAGAGGGUAGAGGAGGUUUUCAAGAAUGUUGCGAGUGCAGAUUGGUGA